AUGUCCCCGAUCCCAAUAUUUGGAACGGGUCUUGAGGCAGAAUACACCAACAUAGUCCAAAUUGUGGAAACCCAGAUUGAAACUUUGACAUACAAGGCAUGGAGGCGCUACGAAGUGAUUGAGAAACUAGAUAGUCUUUGUCGCGAGCUGGUAUUCCAGGCAACCUGCGAUGAACGCAAGCCUCGCAGCCAUCUUCUUGGGUAUGCCCAAUUCCAACGCUUCUCCAUGACACUCAGACUUUGCUUACCUGAGGCAAUCCUGGUUCUUACCAGUGACUGGACCAGUUACCAGGUAAGUAAUCGGUCAUUUGACUGGAUGAGAGAGGAUGAGAUUGAGUAUAGCGCAGCAUGUAUCCUCAAGGAGGCGCUUUUCGCCGCGCAAUCAACUGACUGGUAUCUCUGA